UUCUAAACUUUUCUUUUUUUCAGAAAAUCUUGUUGCGAAAAAUAUGUCUCAAGUAGUAACCCCAGCUUUGGAAGAAGCCGAACAGGCAAUGUAUGCUCCUUUCUUUGGAUCACUUGGAGUGACCGCUGCAAUGAUUUUUACUGCUGCCGGUUCUGCUUAUGGAACCGCUAAAUCUGGGACUGGCAUUGCUUGUAUGUCUGUCGCGAGGCCUGAUCUUGUAAUGAAAGCAAUUAUUCCAGUUGUAAUGGCAGGAAUCGUUGCCAUCUAUGGAUUAGUUGUUGCCGUUAUAAUCUCUGGAAAAUUGGGAGUUGGAGGAAAAGAAUACACUGUAAACGCCGGUUUUUCACAAUUUGCAGCUGGUCUAGUCUGUGGACUUUGUGGUUUAGGUGCCGGUUAUGCUAUUGGAAUUGUUGGUGAUUCUGGUGUUAGAGGAUUGGCACAACAACCGAGACUUUUUGUUGGGAUGAUUUUGAUGUUGAUUUUUUCUGAGGUUCUCGGCCUGUAUGGAAUGAUUGUCAGUUUAUUAUUGAGUGCUUCAUAA